AUGCAACUGGGAAUGGAAUCAGGUGAGCCUUUACAAGAUUAUAGUCAUGAACAAUCUAUUUAUAAACUUUUUAAAUCCAAGAAGCCAUAUUGUACGCCUGCUUACGUCGUUUCAUAUCGUGGUGCCCUUAAAUUAUUUAAAAAAAGGUUUUCUGACUUAAUAGCACCAACUGACCUUGAAUUAACUAAUAUGAUUACGGAAAACAAAAUCACCUCAUAUACUAUUAUACCACCAGUUAUAUCAAGAUGCUAUAUUUUUAAUGACUCAACAGACCUCUAUCCAGGGAAAAAUAUAUUAGAUUCAUAUUUACCACUCAAAGAACUUGAACUAAAAACCGCUUCUUUAAAUUCAGCUCAGGUUGCUUGUUAUAAUAACCAUUAUAAAAUCUACCAAUCAAUAAUUCAAUAUGGAUACGAUAGUGCUUUGAUAUUAGAGGAUGACGAUAUCUUUUUUCUUGGCUAUUGUAGCGAUGCUGAAGCAAGAGGUGAUUUAUUGGAUGAUCAAAAUAAUUCAUCGCUUCAUGAAGUCCAUAAAUCAGUUAUAUCGUUCUGUACUCACGAUUACGCUGUUUCGCAAACUAAUAAUACUCUUGGAUUCAAUAAGAUUUACUUCAUUAAAUAUCAGAAUGAACCGGAUUAUCAAAAUAUUGUUGAAACAUUAACAAAAAUGUCAGAUAAAUUAUGCUACGAAUCAAUUAUCAAUUAUGGAUAUGGUAGUGUUUUGAUUUUAGAAGAUGAUAUAGACAUUGAAAUUAGAAUAACGUCAAUUAUGGUCGAUAUACAUCGAAUUUUACCCGCUGAUUGGGACAUUGUAUUGACACGCGAGUCAGUCGCUUGA